AUGGUUAUUCAUCAAGUCAAUAACACUUGCUCGGAAAUCCCCACCAUGUUCAAUGACAAUGUCAGCAACCACAAUCCAGCUCCCAAAUCCGUUCUCGUCAUAGGUCUAAGCCAACACCUAACCGGCUCGCCUAUUGAGAAAGCCAUCAAAGAAGACUGGGCAAAAGAAAAGGCCUACGGAAUUGCAAAUUCAUUCGAUAAUGUCGGUUUUAAUCUCGACCCGAAAGACGUCCCAGGCACGCUCAAGGCUCUCCAACACGAGCUUCAAGGAAGAUCUUGGGAUGGUAUACUACUUGGCUGGUGUAUAAGGGGACAUGUGGAGUUUACUUUGCUCUUUGAGGAGGUGCACUCGGUGUGCUGCGAAGCGGUGAAGGCAGCACCGCAGACGAAGAUUAUGUUCUCUACUGGGCCGGAUAAUUUGGUGGAGACGGUGGUGAGGAACUUCCCUGUGGGAAUUAGUGUUUAA